AUGUCCUCCUCCCGACCCACCGUCCCCAACAUCGGCAUUUCCGUCCCCUCCACCUCCUCCACCUCCACACAAACCAAAAAAGACAAACCAUCCCCCCUCCGCUCCAUCCUCGCCGGCAGCACCGCCGGAGCAGUAGAGAUCGCAAUCACCUACCCCGCCGAAUUCGCCAAGACCCGCACCCAACUGAACCAACGCCUCCCCACCGCGCAGAAACUCCCCUGGCCUCCCUUCGGCGCGCAAUGGUAUGCCGGAUGCACCACCCUGAUCAUCGGGAAUAGCUUGAAAGCCGGGGUGAGGUUCGUGGCGUUUGAUCAGUAUAAGAGCAUGUUAUCUGAUGCCGAGGGGACAAUCAGUGGACCCAUGACUGUGGUGUCGGGCUUUCUUGCGGGAGCGACUGAGAGUUUGGUGGCCGUCACGCCGUUUGAGAGUGUCAAGACACAGAUUAUUGAUGAUCGGAAACGGGCUCAGCCGCGGAUGAAGGGAUUCUUGCACGCGACGGGACUUAUAGCGCGAGAACAGGGAAUCCGAGGCUUCUUCAAGGGUUUCCUGCCUACGACGGCCAGGCAAGCGGCCAACAGUGCUGUGCGGUUCUCCUCAUAUACUUCGUUGAAGCAAGCCGCACAGUCAUACGUCACACCAGGGGAGAAACUUAGCACGGCUGCCACAUUCGCUAUUGGAGGUGUGGCGGGGAUCAUCACUGUUUAUGCUACACAACCCAUCGACACGGUCAAGACGCGGAUGCAGAGCAUAGACGCCAAGAGGUUGUACAAGAACUCCUUCGAUUGCUUCAUGCAGAUUUGGAGGCAAGAGGGUGUACUGAAGCUGUGGUCAGGAGCGGUGCCGAGGUUGGGAAGGUUGGUGUUCAGUGGAGGGAUUGUGUUUGCGAUGUAUGAGAAGAGCAUGGAAUUGUUCGAUCAGGUCGACCCGGAGAAGAAAUAUGUAUGA